AUGAAUUUUCGAUGUGCUUUCUUGAAGGUCUCCCUGGAUGCUGAACGACCCAUUGUAUCCGCCUGUCGCAAAACAAGCUUCUACCAUCACUCACAUCAACAUCAGCAGCGGCAUGGCACUCAGCGAGUAGCACACAUGUCCUAUCCAUCCAGUAAUGUCCUGCGAGCACGUCGUGGAGUUGUGAGAAUGUUGAUAAUUUUUGUGUUGACAUUUGCGUUAUGCAACUUGCCGUAUCACGCCAGAAAAAUGUGGCAAUAUUGGUCACGUUCAUAUCGUGGAGACUCCAACUUCAAUGCGCUCCUGACACCUCUUACAUUUCUCGUCACGUACUUCAACUCCGGCGUGAAUCCAUUGUUGUAUGCAUUUUUGAGUCGGAACUUUCGCAAAGGCAUGAAGGAGCUGUGCAUGUGCUCAUGGAAAAAAGGCAAAAGCAAGUCCUCGUCAAAUUCAUCGAUGCAUCACAAGCGCAUUGCUUUGCAGACUCACUCCCUACCUACUGACACGACACAUAUCGGUAAUGAGCAGCUAUGAUGGUCCUUUUUCAAUACGUGUUGCAAGUAUUUUGGGAAACGUUCGGAGCGUUAAGAAUCACACCUAGAGAAUUUAGAGAAUUACAAAUGUUGACGAAAAUUGAAUGGCUUACAACCGAUACUUCUUAGUUUGGCUAUUAAUUGAUUAUGCUUUUAUAUUUGUAAGUUUACUUGUAAAACAAUGUAGUUUCAGAUUUGAUCAAAAAUGUGUUAAAAAAUUAUAAG